ACCCCGGGCGCCCCCGGCGCGCGCCCGCCGCCCCUCCCCCUCGCCACGGGCGGCCGCGCAACUUGGCGGCCAAACUUUCGCCCCGGCCUCCCGCGCUCGGAUGGCGACCCGCUAAGUUGGGCCCCCAGCCCCAGCGGCCGAACGGCGGCCAGGCCCGAGCGAGGGCGCCCCCAGCGCAGCCGGGGCCGGGCCAUGGCCCGCGCGCCCCCGUCGGGGCCCCAGGGCGGCGGGGCGCGAGUCCUCGGGGCCCCUGGCCCACGCCUCUAGCGCGCCCCCUCCGGCCCCGCGCACGCGUGGGAAAGUUGGCCUGGAACCCGCCCGACCAGUUCCGCCCGGGCGCGCGGACCGGCCGCAGGAAGUUGCUGCAAAACUUUUUUGGGGGGUGCAGCCGGUGCCCCCCUCCCCGUGCGCCGGGGCCGGAUGCGCGCCGGGUAGGGUCCCCCUCCCGGGGAGGGGGCCGAGAGAGGGGCUGCCCGGAGGGAGGAGCGCGGAGGGGGCGCCCCGGCCCCGCUGCCCUGGGGCUAUGGCCAUGGUGACCGGCGGCUGGGGCGGCCCCGGCGGCGGCGGCGACACGAACGGCGUGGACAAGGCGGGCGGCUACCCGCGCCCGGCCGAGGACGACUCGGCCUCGCCCCCCGGCGCGUCCAGCGACGCGGAGCCGGGCGACGAGGAGCGGCCGGGGCUGCAGGUGGACUGCGUGGUGUGCGGGGACAAAUCGAGCGGCAAGCACUACGGCGUGUUCACCUGCGAGGGCUGCAAGAGUUUCUUCAAACGCAGCAUCCGCCGGAACCUGAGCUACACCUGCCGGUCCAACCGGGACUGUCAGAUUGACCAGCAUCACCGUAACCAGUGCCAGUACUGCCGGCUCAAGAAGUGCUUCCGGGUGGGCAUGCGGAAGGAGGCGGUGCAGCGCGGCCGCAUCCCGCACUCCCUGCCCGGCGGCGCCGCGGCCGCCUCCUCCGGCAGCCCUCCAGGCUCGGCGCUGGCGGCAGCGGCGGCGGCGGCGGCGGCGGCGGCGGGCGGCGGCGACCUGUUCCCGGGGCAGCCGGUGUCCGAGCUGAUCGCGCAGCUGCUGCGCGCCGAGCCCUACCCGGCGGCGGCCGGGCGCCUGGGCGCGGGGGCGGCGGCGGGCGCGGGGGGCGCGGCGCUGGGCAUCGACAACGUGUGCGAGCUGGCGGCGCGGCUGCUCUUCAGCACCGUGGAGUGGGCGCGCCACGCGCCCUUCUUCCCCGAGCUGCCCGUGGCCGACCAGGUGGCGCUGCUGCGGCUCAGCUGGAGCGAGCUGUUCGUGCUGAACGCCGCGCAGGCCGCGCUGCCCCUGCACACGGCGCCGCUGCUGGCCGCCGCCGGCCUGCACGCCGCGCCCAUGGCCGCCGAGCGCGCCGUGGCCUUCAUGGACCAGGUGCGCGCCUUCCAGGAGCAGGUGGACAAGCUGGGCCGCCUGCAGGUGGACUCGGCCGAGUACGGCUGCCUCAAGGCCAUCGCGCUCUUCACGCCGGAUGCCUGCGGCCUCUCGGACCCCGCGCACGUGGAGAGCCUGCAGGAGAAGGCGCAGGUGGCGCUCACCGAGUAUGUGCGCGCCCAGUACCCGUCCCAGCCCCAGCGCUUCGGGCGCCUGCUGCUGCGGCUCCCGGCCCUGCGCGCUGUGCCCGCCUCCCUCAUCUCGCAGCUCUUCUUCAUGCGCCUGGUGGGCAAGACGCCCAUCGAGACGCUCAUCCGGGACAUGCUGCUGUCCGGCAGCACCUUCAGCUGGCCCUACGGCUCCGGCCAGUGACCACCGCGCUCAUCCGGCACCUGCUGUGCCGGGCAGCACCUGCAGCUGGCCCUACGGCUCCGGCCAGUGGCCGCUGCGCGGUGAUAGCCGGCCGCGAUAACGAGCUCCUUUGAGGACUGGGAGGGCGGAGUCCCAGGGGCGGAGGACCUGGGCUCUGCACCCCUGCUGACGGACUCCUCUUUUUUUAAAGACUGUGAAAUGUUUGUCUUUUCUGUUUUUUAAAUGAUUGCGAAACCAAAAAAAAAAAAAAAAAAAGACCGACCCCGGAGCCCCUGUCUUCCUCCAUCUGGGAGGGGGAGGGGCGCAGGGUUCAAUGCGGGGGGGCCGCUGCCCUUCAAGUCCCACCCCCCCAACAGUUUUGGGGGCUGCUUUCCUGGGGUGAUGGACAGCAAACGGCCUGCGUGCCCGGGGACGGGGCUCUGGGUGCGGGAUCCGCGUUAGACACUACAGGACGAGUGAAUCAAAGACGAUAAUAAAGACGCUUCCUACCAGCG